UCGGGCUCGAAAUCCUGGUAAUCAUAAUGAGCGGCAUGGAUCGAAAAUCGCAGUACAAAAACAGAGCUAAGAAUGUGGCUAAUAUUAGGCAGAGACAUAAAGCAGCAGAAGUGGCCCUUCGAAAGGACAGAAAAGAGAAACUUUUGAGUUCAAAGCGAUUUCGCUUCAAUGUUGAAGGUGAAGAACUGACAGAUGAAAUCUCACACGAGGAGGUCACAAAGGCAACAAAGAGUCUGCAAAAACCAGGAGCUCAUAGACUAGAAAACCUGAAGACACUAAGACAGGCAUUUUCUCAGGGAUCAGCAUACAUUGAUACAUUUUUCAAGGUUGACAAUGCCUUGGAUACUCUUGUUGGCAUUUACACUGGAAAGGACUCUGAACAACAAAUUGAGGCAGCUUGGUGUAUUACAAACAUCUCUGGAGGAACACCGGAACAUGAAAUGGCCAUCUGUAAACAUGUGGCUCCAUACCUGAUCACCUACCUAAGCAGCGGUGUUCAUCAGUUACAGGACCAGAGUGCCUGGGCUCUGGGGAAUUUAGCGGGGGAUAGUGCUGAAUGUAGGGGGAUCCUACAGAAACAAGGAGUGAUACCUCCACUGGUACAGCUUCUACAGAGUCCACAGUCAUCAGUCGUUCAAUCUGCAGCAUUUGCUUUAUCAAAUCUGGCUAAAGAAUCAGUGGAAGACUGCAAGGAGAUGGUUCAGGCCUCUGUUAUUCCUAAUCUCCUUCGACAUUUCUCAUACUCACCAGAAAAUCUAGAUGUUUUGGCAGAAGUAUCUUGGGUCUUUACUUAUCUUGCAACUAGUGGGCUCUUCUUGGAGGAGAUGUCAUCAAAUGGAGUGAUAACUAAAACUGUUAGUUUAUUGGUGACACUGUCAGACAUAGUGCCUCAUAAAGCUCAGGUCGUGACCCCUUUGCUUCGUUGCCUUGGAAACAUAUGCAGUGGGCCAGAUCAGUAUACUGUAGAGGCCAAACAGAAUGCUGAGUUGUUACCAAGCCUCUGUAAAUACAUGACCUCUGACCUCCGCCAUGUCCGCAAAGAAACCUUGUGGGUUCUCUCCAAUAUGACAGGUGAUCUAGAGGUAUGUAAGGAAGUUGCAUUUGGACCAAUCCUACCCCAUGUCUUGGAACAGGUGCCUGCAGCAUUUGACAUUAAGACAGAGGCUCUCUAUGUGUUGUGCAAUCUUGCUUGUCACGGUGAGGACAUAUGUACCCAGCUGGUCGACUCCGGGAUGUUACAGAGUGUGACUCCAGCACUGAAGUCCCAUGAUGUAGAAGUCCUUAAUCUGGCUCUGACAAUGUGUGAAAUGACACUGAAAAUGAUCCCAAAGGCCAAAGAAAUAUUUGAGAAGGAAUGUGAGGGGAUAACCAAGUUAGAGGCACUGGAAUACCAUAACAAUGAGGCCAUCAGGACCAGUGCUAACAACAUCCUAGACAUGUAUUACAGCGAAGAGCGUACUGCAGCCAACAAGAAAGGGAAAGGAAAAAAAUCCUCAAAAUGAGAAAGAUUUGAACAUGAUGUAGAGAUGCAGUCUGUAAAUAAAGCCGUCAUAUAAUCUGAAUUGUGUCAAACACAUACAUGUACUCAUUAUAGAAUAGACAGGGGAUAUCAAAUAAGGCCCAAUUAUCAAGAAUGUCUUGUUCUGCAUAAUUACCAGUUUUUAGUGCCAUAUAUACUACAUGUGUAUAAAAAAUAUUCGUAUAGUGAAUCAAGUAUUUGAUAGUGACAAUUGCAAUCUAGUGAUGCAAUCUUAAUUCUUAACUUUUUAAAGAUUUUUUAAAUUUUUUUUUUACUCUGUGAAUAUUCAUUUAUGCAGUAUACUUUAAGUAAAAGUUCAAAACCAA